CAAAGCUCACUUGAAGUCCCACACGCGACUGCAUAAAUGAAAAAGUUAAGAGAGCCUUAUUGUUUACUCAGGUGUCUGUUCUUUGACGUAGAGUUUGUGAAGCGGAUUCUAUUAUAAGUCUUCAUAUUUUUUUCCAACAGAGAAAUCGCGCCAUUUUUUCAUUGUUCCAAAAGUUGUGUAUGCUGUACUUCGCCGCUGCCCGUCCCCAGCUCUCGAGUAGGCUAUAGCUCUCGGUACGGUCUCCGCUGUUUCCCGGGAUAGUAUUUUGUGUGAUCAGCAGACAUGGGACUGCAACCUUUGGAGUUCAGUGAUUGCUACUUGGACAGUCCUUCUUUCAGGGAAAGAAUAAAGGCACACGAAGCGGAGCUGGAUAAAACCAACAGGUUUAUAAAAGAACUUUACAAGGAUGGGAAAAAUCUUAUCAAUGCCACCAAACAAUUGGGUAUGGCCCAGCGCAAGUUUGCGCAGUCUCUUGGAGAUUUUAAAUUUGAAUAUAUUGGAGAUGCAAAGACUGAUGAUGAGAAGUGCAUUGAUGAAUCAUUGCAGGAGUUUUCUUCUUUCCUUAAGAACCUGGAGGACCAAAGAGAACUGAUGAUGCGCAACAUCACUGAGACGCUUCUGAAACCUCUAGAGAAGUUCCGGAAAGAACAGCUGGGAUCAGCAAAGGAGGAAAGAAAAAAGUAUGAGAAGGACACAGAAAAGUACUACAGCUCCCUAGAAAAACUUUUAACUUUGUCUGCAAAGAAGAAAGAUCAACAGCUGCAAGAGGCAGAUAUACAAGUAGAGCAAAUGAGACUGCAUUUUCAUGAAGAAUCACUGGAAUAUGUUUGCAAAUUGCAGGAGAUACAGGAGAGAAAGAAAUUUGAAUGUGUAGAGCCUAUGCUGGCUUUUUUUCAGACUGUUUUCACAUUCUACCACCAGGGAUAUGAGCUGGCAAAGGACUUCAACCAUUAUAAAACAGAGCUGCAAAUUAAUAUUCAGAAUACAAGAAACCGAUUUGAGGGUACCAGGUCUGAGGUGCUAGACCUGAUGAACAAAAUCAAACAAAAUCCCCAGGAGCACAGACGUACCAGUCCACUCAGCAUUGAGGGCUACAUGUACAUCCAAGAGAAAAGACCACACCCUUUUGGUUCCAGUUGGGUGAAGAGAUACUGUACAUACAUGAAAGAGCAGAAGAUAUUUAACAUGAUCACAUUUGAUCACCGAUCUGGAGGGAAAGUGGGUGAAACGGAGUCGGUCAUCCUGAAGUUCUGUACAAGGAAAUCAACUGAGUUGUUCGACAGACGAUUUUGCUUAGACAUAGAAGUAGCAGACCGACCCGGUGUCGUCCUCACUGUUCAGGCCUUGUCAGAGGAGGACCGUAAGCACUGGAUGGAGGCUAUGGGUGGUAAAGAGCCAGUUAACUUGUUGGGCAAAACAUCUUCAAAGAGAGAAGGCAUUGAUGCACAACUGGAUGAACUUGGAUUUUCUUUCGUCAGGAAUUCUAUCAGUGCAAUAGAAAAAAGAGGAAUAACAGACCAGGGGCUGUACAGAGUUGUGGGAGUGAGCUCCAAAGUGCAGAAACUUUUGCAUCUGUCACUGGAUGAGAAGACUUACAAUGAUGUGAAUCUGUUGGCCCCUGAAGACUGGGACAUUAAAACUAUAACAAGUGCACUAAAGCUAUAUUUAAGGAACCUUCCUGAGCCAUUGAUGACCUAUGGGCUUUACAAAGAGUUUAUCGUUCCUGCAAAAUGUGGCAGUCCUGGCUCCAGAGUACAUGCAAUUCAUUAUUUGGUUCACAAACUUCCAGAAAAGAACCAAGUGAUGCUGGAAAUACUGAUGAAACACUUAGCCAAUGUUGCUGCUAACUGCAAGCAGAACCUGAUGACAGUGGCAAACCUAGGCGUUGUGUUUGGUCCCACCCUCAUGAGGCCACAGGAAGAAACGGUUGCAGCCAUUAUGGAUCUGAAAUUUCAGAACAUUGUGGUAGAGAUUCUCAUAGAAAAUCAUGAGACGAUUUUCGGGGGUCCUCCUGAUGCGUUCUCGCCCAUGACGAUGCCUUCUCUCACAGCCCCAACCCGGUCAUCCAAGAAACAGAGCCGCUUAAACAGGCCGCUCGCAGUAUACAACCCUAAUGUGGAGCUUCAAGGAGCUGAUUGUCCAAACUCCAUUGUCCAAGACAACACUUCACUGGGCAGUACGGAGUCCGUUUCCUCCCAGUCUUCUGCUACCUCUGGCAGUCCUCCACAGAAGGCCAGGAAUCACCUAAAUACCAAUGGUGGGAGCCUAACAGAUGGUUCUGGACAACCUCGCUCUCCUAUGGUUUUAUGGAUGAAUUCAGGGCCACUCUCCUCCACCCCUCAGGCAAGCCCUCUGCCCGCAGGAGAUCAGAAUGACAAACAAGACGGUGUCACAAACAGGAAAGCCAAAGCAGUGUAUCCAUGUGAAGCUGAGCAUGAUUCUGAGUUAUCAUUCCAGGCCGGCGCAAUAUUUGAAGAUGUGACUUUCUCAAGAGAACCAGGGUGGCUAGAAGGAGAACUUGAAGGAAAGAGAGGACUUAUUCCAGAAAACUACGUUGAGAUCCUAUAACCCCAAAAAGCCUCAGAUAUUGCAUUAUACAUGGUAUCCAUGCUCUUCAGUAUUGAUCACUUUUUUGAACUCACUUUUGCAUAUAUUCUUAUGCUUUCAAACACUACAAUGAUGUAUCUGCCAAAUUAAUGACCUGAGAACAGCCAAAAAGAAGCAUACAUUUCUCUUACAGUGCAAUAGCAAAGACCCCUAUAUAGUCUUAAAGAGUAAAAGGCAAACCUGGGAAUCUGAAAUAAGUUUUAAUAUUGAAAUUGUAUAUAUAUAUAGUAUGUGAAAUUUUAAAGUUCUCUUAUAAGUGUUUUUAAUAAUGAUUGUUAAGCUUUUAAUUGAUGCAUGGUUUUACUGUGAUUGGUCAUUUUUUCUUUCUUUGCUCUUAUACUUUCAUGAAAUAUAAGUCAAAGUCUUUACAGGUUCACAUCUUUGACACUGUCUCAGUGCCCUCUGUAUUUCUAAUCAGGUGAACUGGGGUUUAAAUUUGUUCAAAAAUUCCAUGUCCUAUGUACACCCUGAUUUAUCACACUCAUGACUGAUUUACAAAAACUUGUCAUUCUGUAUUAUUCAGGGAAUUUAAAUGUGAUCAUAUUCCAAAGUAUGUCAGUAUAAAAUUGAAACAAUUUGAAAUCCUUAAACUAUCCACAGGUGGACCUGAUGGGAAAUCUAUAGAGCAAAAAUUCUUCAAUUUCGACCUAAUCAGCAUUAUAUCUACGAUCAGUAGGAAUUGAUUUUGACUUUUGAUAUUUAUGCAUAUUGUACAUCUUUUUGAAAAAAAUGUAUGUGCAGUUGUUAAUAAGAUGUCUUAUUUCCACUUGACAAAUUGUAGCAUAAACCUGUAUAUGUCUACAGUAUAUAUACUUAAUUUUAAGGGACUGAAGUUUUGCAUUUGGCACUACUCUUAAUUUUUAAAUUUACACAGUUCACAAUUUCACACAAUGCUGUUGAAAGACAAUUUCAUUUUUUUUGAAAGCUAUUGUUUUUUCAAAGAAAUUAAGAUGUUUUUUUCUGAAAUCUGUAAAGAU